GUCGUUGCAGCUGCGCGCGGGUUCCUAGGCGGGCGCGUCCCGCUCGCCAUGCGCUGCCGGGGCUCGGGGAGCAGCCUUUGGGGUGCCGGGCGGCCCCAGUUGGGCCGCUGAGCCUUGCUCCCGAGCCGGGCCUUGGGGAGAACCAAAAGCCAUGGCCGCAGGAAAAUUUGCAAGCCUUCCCAGAAACAUGCCCAUGAAUCACCAAUUCCCUCUGGCCUCGUCCAUGGACCUUCUGAGCAGCAAGUCACCUCUCGUCGAGCGCCGUGCAGAUGCCUAUCAGGACGUGUCCAUACACGGCACUCUGCCACGGAAGAAGAAGGGUCCUCCUUCUCCUCUGCGGUCCUACGAUCACUGCAGCCUCCUGGGAACCCUGCCCCACUCCAAAUCCCCACGGCACGUCUCCCCCCUCUCCCGGGAGGUCAUCCAGGAGAACCCAGCGCAAGACUGGCAAGGCAAAAGCUUCUUCAGGGAUCAGCAUCUUCUGGACCAAACUCUGGAUUAUGUGAAGUUCUCCAAGGAGCGGCUCAUCAUGGAGCGGACCCCCGAGAAGCUGAAGAAGGAACUGGAAGAGGAACUGUUGCUUAGCAGUGAGGAUUUGCGCAGCCACGCCUGGUACCAUGGCCGCAUCCCCCGACAGGUAUCGGAAAACCUUGUACAGAGAGAUGGUGACUUCUUGGUGCGAGAUUCUCUCUCCAGCCCGGGGAACUUCGUCCUCACCUGUCAGUGGAAGAAUCUGGCUCAGCAUUUUAAGAUUAACCGGACGAUCCUGCGGCUCAGUGAGGCCUACAGUCGCGUACAAUACCAGUUUGAGACGGAGAGUUUCGACUCCAUCCCUGGUCUGGUGCGCUGCUACGUGGGCAACCGCCGGCCCAUCUCGCAACAGAGUGGAGCCAUCAUUUUCCAGCCCAUCAACAGGACAGUGCCCCUGCGGUGGCUGGAGGAGCAGUAUGGCACCUCCGCGGGCCUAGCCCGGGAAGGUAGCUUCACGGACAGCAGGCCAGAUUUGGCCAAGAGACUGAGCCUCACGCUGGGCAGUGGCCAGGCCCGAGAGGAGAGCUCACCCCGGGGAAACCUCCUCAGAAAUAAAGAGAAGAGUGGCAGUCAGCCGGCCUGUUUGGAUCACAUGCAGGACAGAAGAGCCUUAGCCCUCAAAGCUCACCAGUCAGAAAGCUGCCUUCCCAUCGGUUGUAAGCUGCCUCCUCAAUCCCCAAAUGUAGACAUAAGCCCCUGCCCGAACUCACCCGUUUUCCGGACGGGCAGUGAGCCCACUCUAAGCCCAGCUGUGGUGCGGAGAGUCUCCUCGGACGCCAGGCCAGGAGAAGCACUGAGGGGUUCAGACAGCCAGCUGUGCCCUAAGCCGCCCCCAAAACCCUGUAAAGCACCCAGCCUCAAGGCUCCCCACUCUCCAUAUACCUGGCCCCACACAGAGAUCAACUAUUGUGAACUGAACGCCACCUCUGCUGUGGGCUGUGAUAGGGCUACAAGAUCCCCCUUCUCGACCCAGGACAGCUAUGUAGAGCUACUGACUGCCAAACAAAAAGGGACGCCGGGUCCCCGGAAUUCUGGUACCAACUACUCGAUCCUUGAUGAUGAGGAUAGGACGAGGCCUUGGGGGGCCCAGGGACAGGAGGCACCAGGGUCGUUUGUACCCCCACUUCUGGAAACGGCCUCCUCCUUCCGGCCCAAUGACUUUGGAUCCAAGCUCCUGCCUCCGGAGAACAAGCCCCUGGAGACAGCCAUGCUGAAGCACGCAAAGGAGGUGUUCCUCCACAACGACCCCAAGGUCAUCGCACGCCACAUGCUGAGCAUGGACUGCAGGGUGACUCGGAUCCUGGAUGUUUCUGAUGAGAUGAAGCAACACAUGGGCGUGAGCUCAGGGCUGGAACUUAUUACCUUGCCAUAUGGCCACCAGCUGCGCCUGGAUAUCAUUGAACGACACCACACCAUGGCCAUCGGCAUCGCUGUAGAUGUGCUGGGCUGCACGGGUACGCUGGAGGAACGCGCAGCAACUCUCAACAGGAUCAUCCAGGUGGCCGUGGAACUAAAGGACUAUAUGGGUGAUCUCUACUCCUUCUCAUCGGUGAUGAAAGCCCUGGAAAUGCCGCAGAUCACAAGAUUAGAGAAAACAUGGACUGCUCUUCGACACCAGUACACUCAAACAGCCAUUCUCUAUGAGAAACAGCUGAAGCCUUUCAGCAAACUCCUGCAUGAAGGCCGAGAGUCCACAUGCAUUCCGCCAAACAAUAUAUCAGUCCCACUGCUAAUACCACUCGUGACUUUAAUGGAGCGCCAGGCUGUCACUGUCGAUGGGAUUGACAUAUGGGAGAAAAACGAUGAAAGUUGUGAGAUUCUAUGGAACCAUUUGGCAACGGCCCGAUUCAUGGCAGAGACUGUGGAGAGUUACCGGAGGAAUGCUGAGCGGAUCCUUGAAGGCUUUCAACCAGAUGAAGAAAUGAGUGAAAUCUUGAAGACAGAAUUUCAAAUGAGAUUACUGUGGGGCAGCAAAGGCGCACAAGUCAGUCAGGCAGAGCGAUAUGAGAAGUUCAACCAGAUUUUAACUGCCCUCUCACGUAAACUGGAGCCCCCUUCUGUGAAGCAGGCAGAGCUGUGAUAACUCACCAGAGAACUUUAGUAUAUUCCUUCAGAUGUCUCCAUUUCCUUCUUUGGAAAAGCUUGUCUAUUAAAUUUUAAAAGGUAAUAAUGUACAAAUUGAUAAUAUACAAGCUUUUAGUAUCCACAGGAUAUUAAAUAUGCAAAUUGCACAGGGCAUACUUAUUUAUAAACUGUUUAAAAUUACUACUGAUUUUUAAUGAAUAAUUUAUUAAGGUAACUAUUGCUAAUGUUAAUCAACAAAUUUAAGAGAAAACCUAGCUAGGUUGACUCAGUGGUUGCAUUCAAUUAUCGAGGUAUUUAACCAUUUUAGCUUUAAUUUUGUGUCAGAUAAGUGUAAAUAGAAAGUUUAAAAGCAUGAAACAUUUCAGAAGGUAUCAGUUGUAUGAUAUUCUUCAAAUAUGAAAGUGUAUAUAGUCAUAUGAAAUAUAUCUUUUGUGAAACAACUGUA